ACCCGGGCCCAAGCCUCCCAAGGCCAUGGGGGAGCUGGAGGGGCCCAAGGUGCCCGGCCUGUGGGGGCUGCGGAGGAGGAAGAGGCUGCUGGAGCAGGAGAAGGAGCUGGCGGGCUGGACGCUGGCCCUGGCCAUGGCCGGGGUGGCCCUCAUGGUCCUACACGCGGAGAUACUCUGGUUCGGCCAGUGUGAGUGGGAUACCUACUUCUUACUGGUGAAAUGUGCCAUCAGCAUCUCCACCUUCUUCCUCCUCAUCCUCAUUUUGGCCUUCCACGCCAAGGAGGUCCAGCUGUUCAUGACGGACAACGGCCUGCGGGACUGGCGCGUGGCGCUGCGGCGGCGGCAGGUGGUGCUGAUGGCGCUGGAGCUGGUGGUGUGCGGGCUGCACCCGGUGCCGGCGGGGCUGUCGUGCCCCCGGGACCGGGCCCGGUCCGGCCGCGGCUGGAGGGUGUUCCUGUCCGAGUCGGAGACGCUGCUGUCGCUGGCCAUGCUGCUGCGCCUCUACCUGGUGCCGCGGGCCCUGCUGCUCCGGAGCGGCGUCCUGCUCAACGCCUCCUACCGCAGCAUCGGCGCCCUCAACCAGGUCCGCUUCCGAUACUGGUUCCUGGCCAAGCUCUACAUGAACACCCACCCCGGACGCCUGCUGCUCGGCCUCACCCUGGGCCUGUGGGUCACCACCGCCUGGGUGCUCUCGGUGGCCGAGAGGCAGACGGCCAACAACACGGGCCAGCUGAGCGAUACGCUGUGGCUCAUCCCCAUCACCUUCCUCACCAUCGGCUACGGAGACGUGGUGCCGGGCACUUUCUGGGGCAAAAUCGUCUGCCUCUGCACGGGGGUGAUGGGUGUGUGCUGCACCGCGCUGCUGGUGGCCGUGGUGGCUCGUAAGCUGGAAUUCAACAAGGCUGAGAAGCACGUGCACAACUUCAUGAUGGACAUCCAAUGUGCCAAAGAGAUGAAGGAGUCGGCCGCCCGGGUGCUGCAGGAGGCCUGGCACUUUUUCAAGCACGGGCGUCGGAAGGAGCAGGGGGCCUCUCGGACGCACCAGCGCCGCCUGCUGGCCGCCAUCCACGAAUUCCGCCAGGUGCGCUUGAAACACCGGAAGCUGAGGGAUCAGGUGAACUCCUUGGUGGACAUUUCCAAGAUGCACAUGAUCCUGUGCGACCUCCAGUCCGGCCUCAGCAACUCCCACCGUGACCUGGAGAAGCGGAUCGAUGCCAUAGGAGGAAAACUGGACACCCUGACCCGGCUCCUCAACGCCGCCCUGGAGCUGGGGCCGCCCCCUGCCCCCACGGACACCGCAUAGCUGGUUGUGCGGCGGGGGGUUCCAGUCCCAGGCCCUGGGGUGACUGGGACGCCGCCCCCCACCAGAAUACAGUCGGACACUGCCCUCAGGGAGCUGCUUAGAGCUAUUCGGCCCGGGGACGGAGCCCUCCGCCGCGGGCGUCAGGGGGGCCAGCCCUGGGACCACCCCCGCCUCACCAGCUGCAAGGGCGAGCCGGCCGGGAAAGGGGGAGACCUCCCCCGCGGGAGAGACACCCCCCAGCUCAGCGUGGGGGCUUGAAGCUGCUAUAAAUAGGGGGUCUGGCGGGGGGAGAGAGGAAGGGAAGACACUACAGGGAGCUUCCUCAGAGCCCGGCAGAGCAACUGAGAAGUGGAUGGAGGGGGAGAGAUGCUUAGCCUUUGGUGGGGCGGGAUUGGAGAGGCCUGGCUUCCGGGAGGGGAGCGGGACCUGUGGGAGCUGGGAGCCGGGGUGCUUGGGUCUGGGGUCAGAGUUGCGGUCCCCUCCCCCCAUUCCCGUCCCCCCCAUUCCC